AUGUUUGAGUUUGUUUUUGAUUAUGUUGACCGCGACGAGUUCACAAAGUACAUACGCUUGCUCAUCAUCGUGUCGUGCUACAUUCUCUUCCGCAAGUACUACACAAAGUACGCUUCGCUGAAACUUAUCAAGCGCCAAUUGGAGCAGGACAAAAAGGAAAAAGAAGAGAAACCGGCUCGAGACAGUGCUGAGCGUCAAGCUUUGCACGAUAAGUUGGCUGCGGAGGCGGAAACGAUUGGGUGGGGAAAGAAAACAAGAAAAAAUGUCCAGGUGCACCAGCUGAUUUUGGAAGCUCAGGCUGCCGAGCUUCGUGAGAGACACCAAACUGCGUACGAUGCCGCCGAGGAUAAUGAUAUUGAGGAUUUGCUUGAGGAUUAG